CUCCAUUAAGGUUCACUUUCUAAGGUAAAGGAAAUUCUCAACAUGGUUUUGGUCGGAGCAGCUGUUCUGCCUCAUGGAACAAUGAUAUUUGAUGGUGAUCCUCACUCGGAAAGCGUCGCAUGCCGUAAAAGGAAUUCCACAAUGCCUACAGGGCUCAUCAAACAGUGCUCUGCAUUGUACUCUUCUUGUGAGCGGGCAGCUGACUUGUUGGCCAAGAUGAACCCUGAUGUCGUUAUUCUUGUUACCCCACAUGGGUUAUCCCUGUCAUCUGGCUCGCUUGGUAUCUACUUGGCCUCUGUUGCGCAAGGAAAUGCUCUGUGGAAUGACGAGUGGCGAGAAGUCGAGCUGAAUGUUCCGUUAGAUUCUCAACUCGCUGCUCAGCUUCUAGAGUUUGUUCAGCAGAGAGGGAUUAAAGCAGAUGGUGUCAUAACGUUUUCUAUGAUGGAGGCACCGAUAAGGUGGGCUGAGGUUGUGCCUCUAUGGUUUAUUAACAGUAAGACUGACUCGGAUAAGGUGAAGUACGUGAUUGUGGCUACUGCGAGAAAUACUGAAGGACUGGAUGUAAUUGGGAAGGCUUUCCACGAAUUUGUUUCAGGUCUUGAGCAGCGGGUAGCUUUAGUAAUGAGCGGAGAUCUAGCUCACACGCAUGAGACAACUUGCAAUAUUCCACUGUAUUUGCCAGACCCUAGAUCCAACUUGAAACCAUCAGAAAUUGCAGUGGAAUUCGACAGGAUGUGGGAGAUGUGGGCUAGAGGCAUACCAUAUGGUGAUGAUGUGCUAAAAGAUACAGGUCAAGUGGAUGAGGUUCACCCGUGGGUGGCCAGACAAUGUUCGCCGUGGCUGGACAGAAUUCUUGAAGACAACCCAAUAGCAAAGGCUUGUGGCAGGAGAAGCAUUCCAAUUCUCCAAAGUAUUUUAGAAAAGGAAAGUGAAGAGGGUGCUAGUGUCACAUCGCACUUCUUAGGCCGCUGGGCUCCUACAUAUUAUGGAAUGAUGACCGUUGUUUUCAAAAUAAAUAAGUGACAUUUGCCGUGGGCAGGAGCACUUUACUCCUGCUCUGAGUGAAUAAUCUCUUUGUUGUUAGAGCCUAGUUCCUCGAAUAAGCUGUUGACGUUAUCACAUCGCCCAGAAUGCUAUUGUCUUUCGCGACAUGUACCUGCAGUGCCCAUUUAAUCAGCGGGCGGCAUAAUAAUUUGCAUAUCUUGAACUAGUCGGUUGUGAUUGGUCAGCAGAUAAAGCUUUGAGAAUACAUGAUUCCCUUGACAGAUUUCAGCUGCUGUCAAUCAAACGGUUGGAUGCGUAAAGUAAAUCUCAAGGUGACAUAAAGUGAACAAUAGCCACGCUCUUAACUAAGCAUUUAGCAAAUUCUUUUGCAGCGAAUUCUUAUAUAGACUGACAGACUCACGUUGGUCAAAAUGUUAUCGGAAUUAUAGAAAUUAGUAUCAUGAAAAUAGGAAAUAGAAAAAUCAGGAAAGUAGUUUCUUGAAGAAUAGGCGGUUUAAAAAGCGUAACUUGCGAUCAGGCGGUUUUCGAGUGCGAAAGGCUUGCGGUUGUGGACUGAAAACAAAAAAAACGCCUGAUCGAAGGUUAUAAAAAACGCUGCGCUGAGGAGGUGUGGGCACCUAUGAAAUUUUCUUUUUACAAUAUUUGUCAGUUGUUGCGUACGACAUGUUAGUUGAGUCAAACAAGUAAAAUACAAGUACAUAUGUACCCAUAUGUAUCUGGUGCAAACAGUCUUUGCGUCUGUCUUACGACUCCUACGCCCCGCAUUUUUGGUGCCAGGCCUUACAUUUGGAGGUCGCGUGUCAAAAAUGAACGCCACGUAAACAAAACUUCUUUGACGCAUGUAAUACUGCUAUUUAACCCUUUCACUCCUAAGAUCUCAUUGGUUAUCCUCCUUACUGUCUGCUAUACAAUUCAUAUGAGUUUAGUUUAGAGUAUUUGGUACUGGAUCAACUGAU